UUCUCCUAUUUUACUACAACCAAAUUACAUUUCAUUACUCGUUCGUUGAAUUUUGACAACUAAACAUCGGGUAGUGGAUUGAUUUUUUUAAAACUUAUUUAUCUAUGUGUUGAAAAUAAUACAUAAAACUACUUUGAAAACAUAGCAGAACAUUGAUAUUUUAAUAGAAAAAUAGGAAAAACUGAAGUAAACCAGCACACGCCUAACAAAAGCAAAAUCAGUUGCAGCACAAAGAGGAAAAGAAACUUACAACCACAACGAUUAGACAAGAGCAAAAUAAAGAAAUUUUUUUGGGUGUUUUGUGUAAUAUACAUAUUUGUUGCGUAGUGAAUCAGCUAGCAUAUUUCUCCUCUCCGUUGGUUUUUAGAUAACAAAAAAAAAAGGGCAGAAAUACACGGAGUAAAACCUAAACGUUCCGUGAGUAGAUAGAGUCGAAAAAAUGCAACAAGAUUGCAGUGAAGAAAGUUGGCUGGAAGAGCAAUGUCAUCGGGAGAUCAACGCCCAACACGACGAGCACGAACGCGACUACGUAAGGAAUCGUGAUAGCGCCUUAAGUAAUGUAUGGGGUGCAUUUCAGGAUUCAGCCACAGCAGUGGCACAUCUUUACAGAGAACGUUCUUCAAAUACGUAUCCUGAUACUGGCGCGUUAUGGCUUCCAUUUCAAACAGCAGCUGGCACUGUAACCACACUAUACAAAGAGGCAUGUGACGGUGUUAAGCGAACCAGUGACUCAGCUGUUCAGUGUGGCUAUCAGCGGCGUACACGUGAAUUGGCCGAUUGGGCCCGGAGUAAAAAACGUCGUAUGAUACGUCGCGAGGAUCUUUUGGCCUAUUUGGCUGGCAAGCCGCUGACAAAUACUAAUCGUCGUUCACCAAAGCCAGAACAUUCGCACAAUCACUCAAACACCGGUGCUGUGUUCAAUACAAACGCUUCACACCAUACAUCGCCUCAUAUGUACAGCUCACAUCAUCAUCAUGCUCAGCAUCAGCAUCAGAAUCAUCAUCAUCAAGCAACCGGCGGUGGUGCUACUAAUGAGCCAACCACUGAUUUGCAUACAUUCAAAGAAGCGCUUGUCUUGCGGCCACGCGGCCCCGAACUAUUUGCAUUUGUUGCCAACGAAAUCGCCCGUCACUGCAAACGUCCAGCCAGUCCCAUCGAUGAUAAAAUGGACAUCUGCCAUUAUAGCAGUAAACGACAGCGUUUUAUGUAGAAAUUUUUUAAUUUAACUUAACAAUGGUAGUGUUAAAGCAAUUUACGCAUAAUUAACCAUUUAAAUGGCAGUCACAGGCAGUAGAAAGGAUAUAUGGUUGCGAAAGUAAAAUUCAUAAAAAACUGAAAAAAUAAUUUAGAACAUCUCAAGGAAAUACGAAAACUAUUCAAUACACACGAUAUAAUAAUCAUAUUCGGCAAUUAGUGGUGAAAAGAUUGGGAAAAAACAAAAAUAUUGAAUUUGGUAAUAAAUAACAAAAACUAAGUGCGCGAUAUGCCCGUUUAUUGCAUGAACGCUUAACGUUACUUCUACACAAUAUAUCCUAAAGAAAUAUAUAUAACAAAAAUACAACUGCUAGUGCGAGAAUUUACAAAGAAAAUCUUUAUUAUUUCCUUAUACUCCGAUAAUAACACUUUCGUAGAUACCAGUAGAGUAACUUAAAAAUAUUAAUAUAUACUUUUUCACUGUAUAGAAAGCUUAAUCUCUAUCAAAAUUAUUGAAUCAACUAUAUUUUAUAAGUAUUAUUUGAAAACGUACAGUAGUUCUUGUGGUUGAAAAUUAAAGUGAUACGCGCGUCAAAAUUAAAUUUGAAUUGAAUUUUGUUCAAUAAACCAAUUAUUUUACUAUGAUUAUUCACAAUAAAUUAUAUAAUAUAAUCACAAUGGCACGUGAUUCGUUUAAGCAUAGUCACUGAUAUUUAAAUGACGCUAUUUAAAUAAUUGCAUGCAAUUUGAGUAAAUGUACUUGCAGUUCUAUUCAUAUAAUUGUAAGUUUAAAUAUUGAAGUUCGUAAAUGAGUACAUUGAAAAAAGUAAAGGUGAUUAAAACUAUGCAUACAAGUAUUUAGGAUUUAGUUUGUGGUUUGUUAAAAUUUGACUACGAUUUAGUUAUCUACUUGUACUAAGUGCUAUUAUUUAAGCGUUGGGAUAUAUUAUAUAUAUAUAUAUAUAUAUAAUAUCAAAAAGCUCUCAUAUUCACAUGCUAUUUAAGUGCGUUGUAAGCGUAUAUAAUUGUAUCAUUUAUAUGAUAAACAGAAUACGUGAAUAUAAGUAUAAAAUAAACAUUUUGUGAGGAGAAAUAAUAAUCUAAUGGAAACUAAAAA